AUGUCUUCGUAUAUAUUUAAAUCUGUCGUUGGAAAUGAAAUAAGUCAAGUUGCAAAAGAAUUUGGUUUUGGAAGUGAUUCAAAUGAAAAUUCAGAUGUCGCUAGUGGAAUGUCCGCUUCGGAAAUUCUGGCGGAAGAAAAACGAUUGAAAGAAGCAGAAGCUGAACGAAAAGCACGACAUGCAAAAGUGGAAAAAGAACGUGAAGAAGCUCGACAAAAGAUUCGAGAUAAAUACAAUAUCAAGAAAAAAGAUGAACCAUCUUCAUCGCACAAAGUUCCUGCUGAACCAGUUCGAGCGCCAUCUCCUUUACCUCCACCAACACACAAUCAAGGUUUUGAUCCAAUUAAAAUGACAAGUGAUGCAUUUAAUAAUCUCAAAACGAAAUUUGGGUGGAAAUAA